GGCCGGGUGUGUGGCUGCCCCACGCCACACAGACCAGCACCUCCUGACCCGACCAGGCCCCAGCGCACCCAGAAAGGAAAGAAAAACCCGUGGCUCCAAGAUGACAUCCAGAGAACCAAAGACAAGCCUCCAAAAUGCCUACGCGCCUGCCAAGAGGCUGCCGCCAAAGGUGGAGGGAGAGGUAGAAGCGGAUGAGUACUGCACUCCCGGAGCCUUCGAGCUGGAGCGUCUCUUCUGGAAGGGCAGUCCUCAGUACACCCAUGUCAACGAGGUCUGGCCCCAGCUCUACAUCGGUGAUGAGGCGACGGCGCUGGACCGCUACGGGCUGCAGAAGGCGGGCUUCACGCACGUGCUGAAUGCGGCUCACGGCCGCUGGAACGUGGACACGGGGCCCGACUACUACCGCGACAUGGCCAUCGAAUACCACGGCGUUGAGGCCGACGACCUGCCCACCUUCGACCUCAGCGUCUUCUUCUACCCAGCAGCCGCUUUCAUCGACGCGGCGCUCAGCCAGGACCACAGCAAGAUCCUGGUUCACUGUGUCAUGGGCCGCAGCCGGUCGGCAACCCUGGUCCUGGCCUACCUGAUGAUUCACAAGAACAUGACCGUGGUGGACGCCAUUCGACAAGUGGCCAAGAACCGCUGUGUCCUGCCCAACCGGGGCUUUCUGAAGCAGCUCCGGGAACUGGACAAGCAGCUGGUGGAGCAGAGGCGACAGGCCCAGCGCAGUGACAACAGUGAGAAGGCUGGUGAGAAGGAACCGUAGGGCCCCUCACAGGGCACGCAGAGACACUCAGGAAUGGAGAGGGAAGGCCGAAAUCACCCUGCCCUGGGAUUUGGGACAGUGAACCCAAAGCUUGAUUUCCGUCCCGUCUUAAACUUGCCAGGUGUGUGCUGACGAACAGGGAGGAUUCAAAGCUGUCUCCUGGAUGAGCACUUGGCUUCACAGCGGAAGGAGGCAGACAGCCUUCUCAAGCAGCAUUGCUUACAGAUGAGCACACAGUUCUGCACCAAGGCACCUGUAUUUUUUUUUUUUUUUUUUAUCUGGUAAGAUGGAAGCAGAAAAGGACUGGAAAAUGUGUAGGCAUCGUGCUGUGAUUAAAUGUUUUGGCUUUGUCUGAAA